GAGGAUGCACAUGGGCAUGGGCCGAUGGGCAAACUAUUAUUCCUGUUGAUCUGCUGGUUUCUGAAAGGUGAAAUUAGCAAUGGAACACAUGUGUGUGUGAUCAUGCAGGACGACAACACCUGGCUCGCAUUGGGUUGGAUGUACCCGAACCCGUUCCAAUCAUUAACUGAACUGAAAUCGCCAACUCGAGUAGAAGAAACAGAGGAGCAUGGGCGAUGGAGUGGCGAUCGGUUGGGACGUGGGAGCACUCUCACUCAGACCAGAUUUGGUGGUGAGUGGUGAGUGGUGACAGUGAGAGCCUGAGCCUGAGCCUCUCUCCUCUCUCCUCUCUCUUCUCUCCAUCUUUUGGAUUUUGGCACUGAUUGGUUUCAAAGUUCAGAGAAUAAAAUAGGGGAUAGGGAACGUUUCUCAAUUUUCGAGCCCAAAGGAGUGAAACACGAGGAGUUGCUCCUCGGCAGGCGCGUUCUUGCUGCCUUAUCAAUCUCUCGUCGUCGUCGGUGAUACUGAUGGCUUGGCCGCGCCGUUUGGUAAGAUACCAAGUUGGGUUGGAUCCAGCUGUUGUAGACUCCCUCUAGGCAAGGCGGAAUUCUUGAACUCGAAGCUCGACCCUUUUAUGUCAAGGAGAAAUGAAGAAUAGAGAUGGUCGGUGCAUGCACUGCACAGACGUCCAUUAGAAUGACCGUCAAUUGUGCAUCGAGUCGAGCUAUCAGAUAAUAACAGGGCUGUAAAAGAUAAAAACUUGAGUCUGAGUCUGAGCCUGAGCCUGGUGAAUUACUUCAAAGAAGAAAAAGGGUUUCGUUUUUUGUUUUUUUUUUUUGUUUUGAUGAAAUUGGUUGUUUAGACUUGUUAAUGCAUAUUUAUUGUAGGAAUUAGGAGGGGAAGGACUAAAGAGGGAGGCGGGCGGGUGAGUUGGUGGAAGUGGAGAGGGACUUUUUGUAGUUUAUUUAUUAUACACGCAGUAGGCUUUUUGGGAAGUUGUGGCCCAAAAACCAAGUUUGAUUUUUGAAGAAAGACACAUCACACAUUGCAUAAAUUGAAUGAGAUUGUGAUUUGGGAGGAGAAACUAGAGAGAGAGGAGGGGGGAAACUGGGAAGAGAGAUGGGCAAAAUUCAAAACAACGAGACAUGGUAAUAGUAAAAAAGUACGGUUUCCGAAAAACCUCGUCUCCUUCCCAAACCGAAACCUGAUUUCUUCAUGUCAUGUCAUGCAAGUAGCAACUAGGAAGCUCCCAGCCCGGCCUUUACCCACGACAUUUGUCAAUCCCGUUUUGGCUAGCUCACGGCAAAUCACAGCCCGCAAGUCGCAACUAGAAGCUGCAUCUCACCUCCUUCUCUCCCCUCUUCAUCUUCUUCACGUUUCCUCUGCCAGAUCUCUCGCACCGCGCAUCGGGGAUGUGCGUUUGUUGAGAUUCUCCUUAACGGGUCUCCUGGGUUAUCAGAGAUUUUAGAGAUUUUUUUUUAGGGUUGAAGAGGAAGUGGUCUAUAUACAACUUGUUUGGGAGAUACCCAGUUCGUUUUUAGCGUGGUGGUUCGUUUUUUUUUUUCAUGUUCUCCCCAAAUUUAUGAGAAUGAGUUGUUUGACUCGUCGUUUUUAGUGGGCUUUUGUGGGUUUUUUCUGUGAGAGAUCUAGGGAGGUUGUUUCGGCUCUUCUGAGUUUCUAGAGUCUGGUAGUUUUGAGCGGGAGGCAUGGAGAAUGGUAUUGCGAAAGACGGUGCUUUCAUGUUUAGCGACGAAGAGUUGGGUGAGAUAAGUGGAUUGAGGAGAGGAGGAGAUUAUAUCGAGGUGACGUGUGGAUGUACGAGCCAUAGGUAUGGUGAUGCUGUGGGGAGGCUUAGGGUUUUCGUCGGAGGUGAUCUCGAAAUCAGCUGUGAAUGCACCCCUGGUUGUCAGGAAGGUAUAGCUGUACAUUGGAAAUGUCAAAUUGACUUCUUCCAAGCAGAUAAGCUAACUCCAGCUGCUUUUGAGAAACAUUCUGGACGAGAGACUGCAAGGAAGUGGAAGAGCAAUGUGUGGGUGAUGGUGGAUGGGGAGAAGGUUCCACUGUCAAAAACUGUGCUGCUCAAAUAUUACAAUAAAGCAUCUAAAAAUGCCAAUGGUAGUCAUAAGUCCCACAAUGGACGACCUUGUCAUCGGGAUGAAUUUAUUCGCUGUACAAGGUGUAACAAGGAGCGCAGGUUCCGUCUCAGGACCAAGGAGGAAUGCCGGGUUCAUCAUGAUGCUUUGGCCAAUUGUAGCUGGAAGUGUUCUGACCUGCCAUAUGACAAAAUAACCUGUGAGACCGAUGAAGAACGAGCAAGUCGUAAAAUCUACAGGGGUUGCUCUCGUUCUCCUACUUGCAAUGGAUGCACCUCUUGUGUCUGCUUUGGAUGUGACAUCUGUCGAUUCUCAGAUUGCAGCUGCCAGACUUGUGUUGAUUUCACACGGAAUGCAGAAACCUAAUCCCCCCUUUAAUUGAGACAUUCGUUUGAUUUUUGGUGGGUAGUUAACAAUUCCUAUUUUUGCACUGCUUAGGCCCCACCCCAUUAAAGAAAACCUUCAAACUUCUUAUCAAGUUUCUAGUUGAAUUCCUAGUACUCGAGGUCAAAUUUUGAUGAUCUCGGUUACUGGUUUUGGACUUGGAAAUAUUGAAACUGUUCUCUCCAUUAGUAAUUUACUGGAGCAAAUUAAUAUUCCUUAUUUAUUUAGAAAUUACAGAAUGUUGAUGACAUGGCAGAAAUAAAGAUAUCCAAGAGAAAAAUGUUUCAGGAAUGCA